UAAAAUUAAAGUGAAGAGCAAAAGAUGCAAGAAAGCUCGGCCUAAAAAACUAAAGAGCUUCAUCCCCAUGGCCAAACAUGAAACAUCCCCUGCUGAGCUGCUUAAAACACAUGAGAAAAAAAUCCUCCUUUUUGGAAAGCCUGGAAUUGGAAAAACAACAGUCGCCCAUCAAAUGUUGAACCUCUGGGCAGAGAAAGAUCACAGAGAACUAGAUUACAUGUUUUAUUUUAAUGUGAGAGACAUUUCACACAGAAAACCCAUGAGCCUGGAGGACCUUCUCUUUAACAUGUACAGUGAGCCAAAAGACAGUAAAGAAGAAGUGUUACAGGAUAUUAAGAAGAACUCUGAAAACGUUGUCAUCAUAUUUGAUGGAAUCACAGACCUCUCCUCUCUGUCGGUAGUAAAGGACCUUGUGGAGAACCUCCUGCCUGACGCAAAGAUUGUGACCACAUGCAGACCAGAUCAAUCUGAAGACUUCCUGACAGACUGGCCCACAGACUGGUUCAGAGUGGAGGUGAAAGGGUUCAGUGAAGAAUCUAUCAGGGCUUAUUUAACACAGAUGCUGAGUGCUGAGACUGACUCCUUGAGCAGUGUGUUAAACAACCUAGAGUUGUUCAGUCUGUGCCAUGUCCCAAUGUACGUACUGAUGGUAGUUGCCUGCAUUUAUUUCCCUACAUCAGAGGCUUCUGAACAGACAUGCACUAUAACUGAAAUGUACAGCAACAUCCUCCGUCACGGCAUCCAAAAACACAGUGGCAGACGACGUAAGGAUAUCGACAGUUGUCUCAAAGAAAACAGAGAGAAAAUAUUGUCUCUGGCAGAAAUUGCUUUUGAUGCAACAAAUGAGAAAAACAUGAACUUGACACUGAGGUGUGAAGAAAGCAGUGUCCAUUUUGCCUUCUUGGGGGCAUUUAUGGUUAACAUUUCACCCACAGCAUCAGACACUUGCGCUGCGUUUCUCCAUUACACAAUGCAGGAGUUCUUUGGUGCCCUUUGGCUCUUACAGAAUCCAGACAAAAUCAGAGAGGUUCUAGAGAAGUGCCAGACUGAAGAAUGGAAACACACAAAACACUUGAUUCCUUUCCUGUUUGGGCUUCUGAAUGAGAAGAAUAUUAGACUGGUUAACAGUCUAGUUCCAGCUCAACAGAUCAAGAAGACGUCAGAUUGGUUCUUCAAGGAAGUGGUGAACACAUUUCUUCCAUCUCAAACAAACCAAGAUCAUGCAGAAGGUGGUGAUCCUGAGUUUGAGAUAGAUCUUCUGUUUUUGUGUCAGUGCUUGUAUGAAUAUCAGUCUACUGAGGCCUGUCAGCUUUUCCUGGACAAACUCAACUACCAUCUAGACCUGAGUGGAGAACAUCUUGAUCCUCACCAGUGCUGUGCAGUCUCUUAUGUGACCAGUCAGUCUGCAGAGAGAAAGGUUGGAUUGGACCUGAACGGCUGCACUGUGUCAGACCAAGGAGUAAGGCUGAUACUGGGCUCUCUGAAGAAUGUCAGACAUCUUGGACCAUCCUCUGAUGAUUCAUCUGACCCCUCAAUGUUGUGUCAACUCUGGACAACUUUGCUGAGCAGUGAGGCAGAGAUGGACUUCACCAGCUUACUUAGUCUCUGUGGAAAUGAGUUGCACCUUCCAGUCCAGGGUGAAAGACAAGUGUUUGAGAGAGCAGAAGAAGUGAUGACACAGAGUCUAGAGAGGGUUAAUGUCUGUCUACACUGGGAUCAGAGAACUGUUCUCAGUGAAGCUCUCAGCAAAACCAUUUUAAAGUGUUUACCAAAUAUCAACAAACUCAGGUGAGUAUCAUCCAGCAACAUAUCGGUCAGCGAUCAGUAUCAUCCAGCACCAUAUCGGUCAGCGAUCAGUAUCAUCCAGCACCAUAUCGGUCAGUGAUCAGUAUCAUCCAGCACCAUAUCGGUCAGCGAUCAGUAUCAUCCAGCACCAUAUCGGUCAGUGAUCAGUAUCAUCCAGCAACAUAUCGGUCAGCGAUCAGUAUCAUCCAGCAGCAUGUGUCUGUUUCUGUUGUUAUAGUGUAGUAUGUCGAUUUUGAAAAGGCUUUUAAAGUAUGACUACAAUAGAUAUAUAAAUGCCUGGACUUGUAUCGCUCGUCGGAAGAAGUGGACCAAGGUGC